AUGUUGCCUAUCACGACCUGCUUCGUUGCGGGAUCUCAGUAUCUUCUUCAUCCCGUGAAACUGGGUACGAUCCAAGAAACCAUCAAACCGGAUGCUCUUAUUCCAGUCACGCUUCUAACCACGGAGGAAAUCUUUGGUGAUCUUGAGGGUGUACUGCGCCUCUUCGACACUGUUGAUGAUGUGUUUAAUCCAGAAUUUGGGUCUAUUCUGGUUGAAAAGACUGGAAACGACACUAACAAUGUUCUGACCGACGCGCGACUGACCUACCAUAUGGACCUCAUUAAUACCCUGGAGGGCCUUUCCGAGCUACCAUCUGGUCCUUACUUUCUCCAUGGCCCAAACCUUCAUCAGGCCUGGAGACUGUAUGACGAUGAAUAUGGAGCCUUCACUGUUGGCAUUAUCCCUGAUGAUGUUGAUCAACCAAAAGAAUAUCAACCCGUUACUUCUUCUUCCGUGAGAGGAGAUUCUGUGACAGUUCCUGUUCCUUCUCGACUUUACUACCCUAAGCCGUCGCUCCGGAAGCCAUUGUCUGGUGUUCGUGUCUCUUUGAGCGACACAAUAUCGUUGAAGGGUACUCAUACUACAUUUUCCAGUCGUGCAUGGAAAUCUCUCUACAAAGAUCCCGCAGACAAGACAAUCCUCACUGCUCAGAAGUUGGUGGACCAAGGAGCGAUCAUUGUGGGAAAGACCAAGACAACACAGUUCGGGACGGGCGCAGAAUGGGUCGAUGAACAGGCUCCGUGGAGUUCACGAGGUGACGGAUACCAACGAAUACAAGGUGCCUCUGUUGGUGCUGCUUCAGCUAUAAUCGGAUACGAAUGGUUGGACCACAGUGUCGGAGUUGAUGAUGACACAAUCCCAACGGAAAACGGCAUUUACUCUUUAGUUCACACUACAAGCUUACCGCCAUUUGGUAUCGCGACGCUCUCCAAGUAUGACGGAGCGAGAUUCUUUUCCCGAAGCCUGAAAGGAUUGCUUGAUUUCGCACCAAGUCAAGAGACCGAAGCAGAUAAAGACAAACCCCCUUCGAGGAUAAUUAUCCCCACGGACUUGUUGAUGGCCGAUCAGUACCAAAAGAUAGCUAUGGUUGGGUUUGCUUUAACCUUGGAAGAGCUUUCAGGCACCAAAGUCGAAUAUAUUGAAAUAAGUGAUGUCUGGGAUAAGGACCCUCCGGUCGAAGCGCCAACAGAGACUAUGCAGGAAUACAUGAGCAACGCACCGUUCCGGUCAUGGUGUUACGAAUACACCGGUCGUCUUGAUGAGUUCAGAACCGAGUAUCGACAAAAGUUUCACAAGGAGCCCUUUGUUGAGAAUACUGUGAAAAAUAUCUUGGACACAUGCGGAGACAGAACGGAGGAAGAACACCACGAGGAUGAAAAACGACUCGAGAUAUACCGGGAGUGGUUUCAUGACAAAGUCAUGAGCAUUUCGACUGCUCCUAAUGCCAACGAGAACUCCAUUGUGGUCCUACCAUGCGGCGACAACCAUGUCAAAUAUCGACAUGACCUUUUUUACGAAGCGCCUUCCUUUGACUGGAACAUCACUUCUUCAACAUUAGCGCCAGUGUUGGGGGCAACCGUAUUAUCGUUUCCAGUCGCGCAGAUACCUUACGAAUCCCACGUCACCAAGACGCAUGAAUACCUCCCGCUUUGUGUCUCAGUUCUCAGUCUGCACGGUGAUGACAAGUCAGUUAUUCGAUGGGUCGAAAAGGUUUUACAAAAACACAAAGUUCCGACAAAGGUCGAGGUUGGACGAACGGCAUUUCCAGUCAAAGAGUCAGACCACUCUCUCAAACACUCACAGGAUUCCUUGCUGGUUCAAGGAAGCUGGUUCCUUACGAUGGCGGAACCAGCCAACACACCAGUGCCGGCUUCUACACCCCGAGCUACAUCUCCUGCUCCUCAACAGACCUUGUUCUCCCAGUCUGGAUCAUUUCUCUCACCCAAGUUAUCUAUGCCCCCUUCGAAACCCCGAGUUCUACAUAUCGGAGAUCCUAUCAAAUACAACCCAGAGACUUAUCUCCGCUUCAGUAUCCAGUGUGAGAUUUUGAGACCUUCUACUGAAGAACGUCAGCGACCAGAGUUUAUCAAGGCUCUUAAAGAAAAGCGAUGGGGUGAAUUCGAUGCCAUAUUUCGGCCCUUCUGGGGAACCGGUGGCGAAAUGGGAAAAUGGGAUGCUGAGUUGAUCGAUCUUCUGCCAGAAAGUGUUAAAGUGUUUGCAAGUGCAGGCGCCGGGUUCGACUGGGCUGAUACAAAGCUUUUGGGUGAACGAGGGAUCAUUUAUUGCAACUCUGGUCUCGCAGCCGCUGAAGCUGUCGCCGACUUUGCUAUGGCUGGCAUCAUCUCUACUUUCCGUGUUCUACCAUGGUGUAUCUCCUCCGCUAUGUCGGGAGACGAGGAAGCCUUCAGCACAAACCAUCGAGAUGCCACAAUGCAAUCACACAAUCUCCGCAACAAGGCUCUUGGGCUUAUCGGGUUUGGCAACAUUGGUCAGCAAAUCGCCGCUCGAGCUCAUCACGGUUUCGGUAUGGACAUUCACUACUACGAUAUCCUUCCAAAGCCUUCUUCAGUUGUUGCUCCUUUGCGAGCUACACAUCAUGAGACUCUUGAGAGUUUGCUACGCCGAUGCGACUGUGUUGUGCUGUGUACGCCAGCAGGUGAUGGUACGCUCAUCAACGCAACUACACUGCCACUCUUCAAGCAAGGAUCACGCUUUGUCAACAUUGCGCGUGGUAGUCUUGUGGAUGAAGACGCACUGGUCGCUGCUUUGCGGGAUGGAACUAUAUCCAGUGCAGCUCUCGACGUUCAUGCCAACGAGCCAAAGAUCCACCCUGGCCUCAUGGAACUUGCAAAGGAGGGCCGUGUUCUUCUGACAUGCCAUAACGCUGGUGGAACUGUUGAUACGCACAAAGGGUUUGAGGAGUUGAGCAUGCGAAACAUCAUGGCUGUACUCAGCGGCGGAGAGGCUAUCACGCCUGUCAAUCUGCAAUUUCUGAAGAAGUAA